GUAUCGCUCAACCUUACUGUGUGUUAGCAGUGGUUUGGGUGUGUUGACGGAUUCUUGUGCCAGCUGACUCAAUACUUGCCAAGCCGCAGCCGACUGUCCAGCUAACUACUUCGGUGACGCCGUCGACUAUUACGCUGACUGAAGAUGUUUGCCAGAAAGUUAAUCGGUGGCCUAAUUAAUGUCAUCGGUAACAUAGACCCAUCCCAGUUUAUUCCCUCCGAGCCUCCUCAGCCCCAAAGACCUCUUGCAUACACCGAGCAGCAUGAGAGUGAUGAGGAGAAGCAGUUCCGCAGAGUCUUCCAGCAAUUAGCCGGAGAUGACAUGGAAGUGAGCCCAACUGAGUUGAUGAACAUCCUGAACAAAAUCAUUACCAAACAUGGAGAUCUCAGGACAGAUGGUUUUACUAUCGAGUCUUGCAGGAGCAUGGUGGCAGUCAUGGAUAGCGACAGCACUGGAAAACUUGGCUUCCAUGAAUUCAAACAUCUCUGGAACAACAUUAAAAAAUGGCAGGGAGUGUACAAGUCCUAUGAUACAGAUGGAUCCGGUGUGAUUGGUGCGGAGGAGCUGCCCAAUGCUUUCAGAGCUGCUGGGUUUCCUCUCAGUGAGCAGCUGUUCCAGAUGCUAAUUCGCAGAUACAGUGAUGAGAAUGGCAACAUGGAUUUUGACAACUACAUUGGAUGUCUCGUGAGGCUGGAUGCCAUGUGCCGUGCCUUUAAAACGCUGGAUAAGGAUAACAAUGGGACUAUCAAAGUCAACGUUCAGGAGUGGCUUCAAUUGACCAUGUAUUCUUGAGUCCGGAAGAAUACUCCUGCUUGGGAUCACUUUGUUGAGAUAUUACUGAUAUAUAUAUUUUAUCCACCUUUCAACAACUUUUUUUUUUUUUUAACCCACCCCCACUCUGUGAAUGUUCUUUUCAAAUCAAUGCAUGAUCACCAGAGCAUCAGCUGUGCCAUAGUACUAGGCAGAAAUAAUGCUGUGUAGUCAACCCAGGGAAGCACAAACAUUCAUUUACAUAGUUUGCUGAAGAGAAUGCAGUUAGCCAAUAUGAUUGCAUGCUGAGUUUGCUUGUUUGUUAUUUGCUUUUAGUCUGCAAGCCAAGAUUUAAUGUGAAAGGGUGAGUCCAAAUUAUACAAGACAUGACUUUUAUAAAUAAAAUGUGAAGUAGUUAGGGCUACGUAGAUGACAUUUCAUUCAACAAUAAUGUGAGGUUUUCAAUUUGAAAAAAAUGAACUCGCUUUUUAGAUUAAGAGCCAGGGAGCUGUCAAUUUUAUUACAAUUUAUUUUGGAUUUGGAUUUGUCGCACUGCGGCAACGUCAGCCCACUUUGGUUUGAAGUAUAGCAUUACGGUCGAGUGAUGCAUGAGCCCAUUUCAAAAUCAAAUCUUUUAGAAUGGUAAUACAGUGGAACCCACUUAUGUUGACAACUGGUUCAUGUCGACCAACUAAACAAGUCCUGGUCGACCGUCUUCUUUUUACUAAAAAAGUGCGCGCUCAAGCAGACGUUGACAUCUUAAAAUUAGAGACGCAAACGGGUCUUCACUACAGAAAAAAAAAAUCUGUGUAUGUCGAUAUGUUUUGUAAUAUUGCCAACGUCAUCAUUGUCACUAAGCAGCAUGAAAUGACAAAAGCAACAUAACCACUACAGAGCACUAAAACGUGCACACACUGACUUCCUGUUCGGUGCAAAGUGAGCUUCAAAAUGAAAGCAUGGCAGUAUUAGCCUGGAUUCUACCACAACAACUAACAAAAUGGACCCGUUUAUUUUGUAUAUUUAUAUUAUAUUGGAGCCAAGACAUACGAUAUCGUCUGUAAGAUAAGGAAGGAAAACAAUGUGGUUUUGUUUUUUUGGCCCAAAAUUGAAUCUUCAGUCUGUGACAUAGAGCAGCUUUAUCGCUCACUGAUUUUAAUGUUUUAUUAUUCCUAGUAGUCUGGUGAUUGAAUAAGUAAUUGAGAGAGACAGAGAGUUGUAUAACCAAGCCUUAUCGUGUGCGAUUAUGUUACAACAUUCUAAGACACAAAGAUUUGUUUAGACAGCUUGAUGUGUUGUCAUUUUUUGUUCAGCAUUAGUGCAAUGUGGCCACGUUAAGUCCUUUUUAUGUUUAUUAUUUGUUACCUGUGCAUUGUGUGGAUACCUAUCCACCAGCAGCAUCAUGUGUGAAUUCAUAUUCCAGCAGACCAGAUGGGUAUGCUACUAACACAUGCCGCCAAUAAUUAACGUGCCUUUUUCAAAAAAGUGUUUGUCAUUGUAGAUAUAACCACUUUGUUUGCUUGAUGAAAUUGUGUUGGGAAUAAAGGAGGUGUGGUCA